CUUUUCUCUGUAUUAUCAGAAAUCAGUGAAAUCGGAAGUGGAUUUUUGUGGACUGCUGAUUGAACGUUUAUGUGAAAUAGAAAUUGACGAGGUUGAGGUUUUAUCUUGAUAAGGAUUUUAAUUAAAACAGCAAGGCGGAAGUGAAUUUUAGAAAGAAAGAACAAUAAAAGACAAUUAAAUUUUAUUGCGUCUAUCCCACAAAAAAGUUUUAAUUGUGGACCGUUGUUAAAAGUCAAUUCAAAAUUGGUAGAAGAUAAGAGCAAAUAAAGUCAUUUAAAAUGGCUACACAAAGCACUGACAGUGAAGAAGUUUAUAAACGAGAAUAUCAACGUUUUCAGUCAAUUGUUGGCAGUAGUUUUGUUCGACAGAAAUCUUCGGAAUAUGGUUUAACUGAGGAGCAAGUAGCAGAAUUCAAAGAAGUUUUCAUGCUUUUCGAUAAGGAUGAGGAUGGUUCAAUAACAAUGGCUGAGCUAGCUGUUGUGAUGCGUUCACUUGGUCAACGUCCAACGGAAACUGAACUCCGAAACAUGGUUAAUGAUGUCGAUCAAAAUGACAAUGGCAUGAUAGAGUUCAACGAAUUUUUGCAAAUGAUGUCAAAAAAGAUGCGCGAGGGUGACAGUGAAGAUGAGUUGAAGGAAGCUUUUAAAUGCUUCGAUAAGAACAACGAUGGAUUGAUAUCAUCAUCCGAGCUUCGGCGUGUUAUGACAAAUUUGGGUGAAAAGCUAACGGAAGAGGAAGUUGAUGACAUGAUAAAAGAAGCUGAUAUGGAUGGUGACGGUAUGGUCAAUUACGAUGAAUUUGUAAUGAUACUUAUGGCGCGCAACUAGUGUCAGCUUUGCGAGCAGGCUUUCCCUCUGAAGCCUGUUAAUUGAUCUCUCUCCUGAGCCCAUGCUGCAUAAUCUCAGUGUUGAAGAGAUCACACUUCUAAGAAACUAUUUUUUUUUCUCCCUCAUGAAUGCUUCUUCCGACUUCUUUUGAACAAAGAAAUCAAAAAAAAAGUGCAUUUAUACAUGACAAAAACGUAAAAAAAGAGGGAGAUAUGAAAAAAAUUUGGAACCUAAUUUUAUAUUAAUUAUAAUUAAUUUAAGAUACAAAAGAAACAAUGAUAAAAUGAGUAAAUAAGUUAGUUCAAAAAAAAAAGCGAAUAUAAUUAAAGUUUAUAGAACGCGAAUAUUAUUAUUUCAUUAUCAAAACUGAAAACAUUAUCAAGAAGAUUAAUGAGGCUGAGCUACAAGAGAACAAAGGAGUGUGUUGUUGACGGUUGAAUGAAUUGAAGGCAUUCCACGUACCAGGUGAACUAAAAAAGUUGGUUUUUGCUACAAAUUGAUGGGAUUAAGAUGAUUGUUUUAUUUACAGCCUUUAAACAUUCAGCAGUCUAAUGAUUCCUUUUUGAUUCUCGAGUAGUUCAGAGUAAAAUUUAAAACAUUUUUCCUAUUUACAUUUAUUGAUAAACUAAUAACAAGAAGAUUAAUGAAUGAAAAAAAUUUAUAAUUUUUUAUAUCAUUCUAUAAAUAAAAUAUUAAAAAAUUGAUGAUCGACUGGUUCAAUUAGUCGUUGAAUUUAGGAUCAAGAAGUUGUUUUUUUUUUCAAAAAUAAAAAUAUUUAUCAUUUUGUAUUGUUAUGAAUGCUGUCAGAGUUGAUGGAUUGAAAUGUUUGCAAAUACCCAAAAAACAACUUCUCAAUUUAUGACUUGAAAGUUAUUCAAAUCAAACUAGGUCAAAGUUUCCAUAACAAUUUGGAAUUAUUGCAACAUCUUUUACACAUUGAAUUCAAUCCUAAUCCACCAACUCUGACAACAAACAAAAUACAAUUUUUUGAAUAUCAUUGAUCAUUGAAAAAGUAAGAAAAAAAGAGGGAAAGAAGAAAUAAAAAAAAAUAUGAUUCAUUGAGGAUCCAUACAUAAUGCCCAUAUACACAUAUAUACAUAUACAUAAUGAAUAAAUAUAUAAUAAUAAUAAUAAUAAUGAUAAUACACUAUAAGAAAGAAGAAUAACAAGAUGAUGAAAAAGAAGCAUAAAUAAAUAAAAUAGAAAUAUCAUUGAAUGACAAAUUGCAAAGCCGGCGCCAGGAACGAUAAUAAAAGAAAAGAAAAUCCGAGGAAAUGAAAAUGAAGAUAAAACUACGAAAAAAAAAAUAAUAAAAAGAUGGGAAAGAUGGGAUAGAAGUGAUAUCUUAUUGAGGGAUAAUUUCCGAAUAAAAAUAAAAAUAGGAUGAAGAAAACAAAAAAAUUGAUUGAAGUUGUAGACGAAAAUCACGAGAAAAAACCAUCAUUCGUACUGCAUAUGGCUGUCAUUUUAGAUAUAAAAAUAAAGAUAAAAAAUAAAUAUGAUUCUUUCAAGGAGAUGAUUAAUUAGAUAUGCGUUCUAUGAAGUUAAUUAAAUAAUCAAAAACAAAGAAGAAUUCAUCGUUGGAAU